CUUUGCAACUGUUUUCUCUAUUAUGAUUUGAGUGGUGGAAUUUGAUUAGAUAGCAGGCGGAGGUAAAUAACAUUAUGGGUAAUGUAAUCUUAUUACUAAUUAUGACUUUGCUGACCAUACGAAGAUGUAAAGCAAAUGUUUACAGUUUUGGAGCAACUGGAAGUCAAGGAGAUGAAACGAUUAAAAGCAAUCCUCUUGAAGUGCCCCAGGAGCUUUACAUGUACACACCUGUGAUGCCGCAGCGGCCCCAAGUGAUGCAAUAUGUGAACAUGCCCCAAAUGCCCCAACAGUAUCAGCUCCAACUCCCGCAACAACAGGAACAGCAGCAGGAACACACAUCAGAAGUGCCCCCACCUGGUGCACCCCAGCAACAGCAGCAGCACACAUCCAGUUUGCCCCAGGAGCAACAAGUAUAUUUUUCUGAGGUAAAACAAGAACAAAUGCCCCAAAAGCAAGUGUAUACACGCAUUGUGGCGCAACAGCAGCAGCCAGUGCGCCCUCCUGGUGUACCCCAACAGCAGCAGAUCCCCCCACAAAGUGUUCCUCAACGCCAACAGGUUCCCGAAAAAUCGCAGGCUUACACAAAUUUACCCCAACAGCAGCCCCAGCUGACCCAACGGCAACAGGAGCAGGUGUAUACAGCCACCAAGGUGCUGCAGCAGAACACGCCAGUCAUUGUUGAACAGCAUAGUUCCUCACUUAAGGUUCUCUCUCGUCAGUACAAUAUGCCCCACCAACAAGUGUACACACCUGAUUUGCAAAAAGGAACAGGUGAGCGGCAGGCGACCAUGUCUAGUCAGUCUUGGCAACAGGUGCCCCAACAUCAGCCUCAGUUACAGCAGCAACAGGUGUACAUGCCCACUGUACCCCAACAACAGCAGAUGCUUUUUGGGUCCAAAGGUUUGCAGCAACCUAAAGAGGUACUACAUGUGUUCAUGACUCCAAUGCCCCCAAACCAUAAUUGGCAGAUGUAUAUGCCCCAGUUGCCUCCACAGAAGCCCAAGGUACCAAAACCAAAGAAGAGUCGCAAGUGCAAGGUGCGUCCAAAGCUGCAGCAGCGGGCUGUGCAAACACAGAAUGGAUCACCACAGCAGCAGGUGGUGCACAUACCUGAGAUGCAGCAGAAGCAACUACCACAGUUGGGACACAUGCAGCAGCAGCAGCAGCAGCAGCAGCAGCUGAUGCACAUGCCAGAGGUGCCCCCACAACAGCAGCAGCUGAUGCACAUGCCAGAAUUGCCCUCACAACAACAGCAGCAGCAGAAGCAGGUGAUCCACAUGCCAGAGGUGCCCCCACAACAACAGCAGCAGCUGAUGCACAUGCCAGAGGUGCCCCCACAACAGCAGCAGGGGAUGCACAUGCCAGAGUUGCCCUCACAACAACAGCAGCAGCAGCAGCAGGUGAUGCACAUGCCAGAGUUGCCCUCACAACAGCAGCAGCAGGUGAUGCACAUGCCAGAGGUGCCCUCACAACAGCAGCAGCAGCAGGUGAUGCACAUGCCAGAGGUGCCCUCACAACAGCAGCAGCAGCAGGUGAUGCACAUGCCAGAGGUGCCCUCACAACAACAGCAGCAGCAGCAGCAGCAGCAGCAACGGAUGCACAUGCCAGAGUUGCCGUCACAACAACAGCAGCAGCAGCAACUGAUGCACAUGCCAGAGUUGCCGUCACAACAACAGCAGCAGCAGCAGGGGAUGCACAUGCCAGAGUUGCCCUCACAACAACAGCAGCAAGAGCAGGGGAUGCACAUGCCAGAGAUGCCCCCACAAGAGCAGCAGCAGCAGCAGCAGCAGGUAACUCACCUGGCAGAGGUGCCCUCACAACAACAGCAGCAGCAGGUGACGCACCUGCCAGAGGUGCCUCCACCACAGCAGCAACUGGUGCACAUGCCUGAGGUGUCUCCACAGCACGAGGCUGUGUAUGUCCCCAAAGUGCCCUUGCUGCAGCAACAGCAAGUGUUGUAUAUGCCCAAGGUAUCCCAUGGCAUCUCCAAGGCUCCCCAACACCAGCUGGAAAUGCACAUUCCCAAAGCAACCCAGCAGCAAGUGGGUUAUGUGUCUGAGGAGGAGAAGCAGGAGCAAAAGCCACACCAACAAAAUCGGCAGGUGUACAUCCCUAAAAUGCCUCACCUGGAGCGAGAGGAGAUGAACAUGGCAGAAGUGCCCCAAAAACAGCAGCAGAAGCCAGCUCACAUGACUAAAGUGCCUCCCAAACAGUUGCUCUUGCCAAGGGUGUCCUCUCAACAGCAGGAAGUUCCCCACAUACUCGGGGUGCCAAAACAGCAGCAGCAUCAGCACAUGUCUAAUGUCCCCCUUAAUAAGCAGCUGGUGAUGCACCAGCUUAGGAUGCGCUACAAUGCCAAGACGCCAAGCUACAAAGUUCAGUUGCCUUUGAAGCCUAAAUUCAGGCGAAAGAGACCAUCCUUCAAGACCAAGCUCCUGCAGCGGAACAAAAAGGCUCUGCUACAAUGAGUGAAUGGAUCAUAUGUGAUGUUUUGAAAAUAAAACAGUUUAAAUUGUACUCUA